UGGGUGCAAAAGUGCAUUAAUGUUGUCCAAAAAAACCAUCUCCAACUACUUCUACAUGCCCAUAAACCAAGCAGCAAAGGAGCUCAACGUAGGCUUAACCCAGUUGAAGAAGAGAUGCCGGAUGUUGGGAAUCCGGCGGUGGCCUCACCGGAAGUUGAACAGUCUUCAAACCUUAAUCAACAACGUCCAGAAAAUUGGAAACAGUGAAGGUGUGGUGAUGGCUAGAGAGGCUAUAGAAUUGCUGGAGAGGGAGAACAAGCAGGUGGAAGAAAUUCCAGAUGUGGAGCUUGAAGACACAACCAAAAGGUUAAGGCAAGCUUGUUUCAAGGCUAAUUACAAAAAACGAAGGCUCUUGGAAAUCCAACAAUCCUUCUUAGUUCAACAACGUUAGAAGAUUAGAUGUGAUGCAAUAUAAUCCAUGAUUUGUAGUGAAGAUUAACAUUUCUUUUGGUGUAAUGACUGGAUUUCUGUGUUGGACUAUCUAAG